AUGAUUCACGUUCAAGAUGUGACCCGGGAUUACGGGGACUUUCGGGCGGUGGACUCUGUGUCGUUCACCAUUGGCCCUGGAGAGAUCGUUGGAUUCCUUGGCCCCAACGGAGCGGGCAAGAGCACACUACUCAAGAUGCUCUGCACGUACCUCCCACCGAGCUUUGGCGAGCUAAAGAUCGCAGGCCAUGAUGUGGUGAAGGACUCCCUCGCGGUGCGUUCAUUGAUCGGGCCCGAGGGACUGGCCGGUGCAGAGCUUCAAGAACGACUCGCCUGGGUCACCGAAGCAAUGACUUUGGGGGAAGUCCUUAAGAACAGGGUCAAGGAGUGCUCGAAGGGCUUUUCGACAACGCAUCGGGCUCGCCUGCGCACUGAUUCACGAUCCGCCGGUCAUCCUGAUCGAGCCAUCCUGUUCUCCAGUCACAUCCUUGCGGAGGUGGCGGAGAUCUCCGACCGCCUCCUGGUUUUGCAGAAGGGUCGCUUGUGCUUGGACGAAACGGUGACGGCGCUAAAGAAACAGAGUGCGAAGGAGAACGUCAGCCUCGAACAACUUGUGAUCCGCGCGUUAGAAGAGAGUAUUCAGAAUCAAGGGGAGCGAGCCGCCGGAGCAUCCGCAUGA